AUGUCAUCUCCACCUCCACCACCUGGUUCGGGACAAUUCCAGAUUCAAACUAAUACAGGUCAAAGAGCUCCAGCAGCUAUAAAUAUAGCCAAUUAUUUAUUUCAAAACUCAAUAUUAAAACAAAGAUCAGGAUUAUUAGAUAAUAAAACUGAUAUUGAAUUCUUUAAAUAUAAAAGAUUUGAAAGAGCCUUGUUGAGUGAUGAUUAUAAAUCAAAACAACAAAACCCUAAAAACGGAUUAAUUCCAAUUGCAAAUGCUCAAGAAGUUCAAAAAAUAUUUGUACUAUUAAUUCAAAAUCAAUUAAUUUUACCAAUUAAUAAAUUACAUUAUUCUGAAGUUAAAGCUAUUAAAGGUUGGAAACCAGUACGUGAUAAACCAACAUUUAAAAGAGCUGAAAAGGCCGUUAUUGAUCCAAAAUCAUAUUUUGGAUGGUUAUAUACAAGACCAAAUCCUUAUAUUUUGUUAUAUUCAAUAUUGGCAAUUGCUGGAGUAUUUACAAUUAUAUUGUUUCCAUUAUGGCCAACAUUUAUGAGAAGAGGAGUUUGGUAUUUAUCAAUGGGUGCAUUAGGUUUAAUUGCUUUGUUUUUUGUAAUUGCAAUCAUUAGAUUAAUCAUUUAUAUAGUAUCAUUAGUUGCAUUUCCCAAACCGUUUUGGUUAUUCCCUAAUUUGUUUGCAGAUUGUGGAGUUAUUGAAAGUUUUAUACCUUUAUAUGGAUGGGAAGAACCAAAAAAGAAAAAAUCAAAAAAGAGUAAGAAAGCUAGUAAACAGAGCACAGAGUCAAGUGGUGAAAAAAUUGAACCUCUUGUGAGUAAAGAUGAUAAAAGUGCAACUGGAGCAGAAACAAAACCUUCAAACGGUGAAACUAAAAGUAGAAAAGUCAUUUUGGAAGAAGUUAAAGAGUAG